AUGAUCGUAGUCUUAGAAGAUUAGUCUAGCAAUGGAACUUAUUACAAUGGUGAAAAGAUCGGUAAAGGCAAAUUUAAGGAACUAAAGAAUGGUGAUGAGAUAUUCCUGUUAAGAGAAGUUGAUGGUGCAGUGGAUCAAGCAGAGGAAGUAGGCUUUAUCUUUGUAUUACUCAAAGACUACUCGGUCUCUCAAUCACUUAACUAGUCAAUGGCUAUUCAAAGUAAUGAAGACUCUUAGAGUAAAAAGCGCUCAUUAGAAGAAAUUACUUAAACUAAAGAGGAACUAGAGAAGAAAAAAGAGGAAGAGAAGAUAAUGAAACAAAAAAUAAGCUCAAUGGCAGAUCAGUUUGAUUGUGGUAUAUGCUAUAUGACAAUGCAUCAGGCAGUAUCUUUAAUGCCUUGUCUGCAUACAUUUUGUGGCGGCUGUUUUUCAGAUUGGAUGAAAAGACAAAAAGAUUGCCCAAGUUGCAGAGAAUUAGUUAUAGAGGUUAAGAAAAACUCACUCAUCAAUAGUUUGAUUGAGGGCUAUCUCAUGCUUAAUCCGUAAUUAAAGCGUGAUCCCAAAGAUUUAGAGGCUUGUGAAAAGAUGAACAUAUUUAAGAAUGAUGUUGUUAAAAUUGAUCAGCCUAAAAGUUAGUAAGAGGAGAUUAAACCACCAGUUCAAAUAGUUUAGCCAGUUUAGUAAAUCUAACCUGCAAUAUAAUUAAAAAAAGAAGAGGAAAAGAAAGGUUUCUAGUUAGUUUAUUCAUCAUCAGAAUCUUCAUAUGAUGAUAGAGGGAGGAGAGUAAAAUUACCCUAAUCAGAGAGCUCAGAUUCAGAAAUGUCAUCGCCCUCUGAUGAAUCAGAUGAUGAAAGUCAUGAAGAUGACUCAUCUGAUGAUAGUGUUCCAAUUUAAAGAGGGAGAAAGGUUGGACUAAAUAUUCCUACAAUUCAAUUAAAGCCAAAGGGAAAGGGACUAGGACUAUUCGGUUAGCCAGGUGUAAUUCCUGCAAGAAAAGAGUAGUGCGAUACUUGCAUUAAAGCUGGAGUAGAUAUGUUUAUUUGUAAUAAAGCUACAGUCCACAGAAGAUGUGAAGAUUGCAAAAAGCUAUUCCCAGAGAGACCCUAGAUUUAUGACUAGUAAUGCUUAUUUUGUGAUAAAUACUUCUGCGGAAAUUAUCGCAUCUGCGUAAAGCCUUAACAACUUUAAAAUCUAAGCAACGCUAAAAUUAACUUAAAGACAAAUGAGGAAUAUCUAGAGCACUGGUCAGAUAAAGAGAAGAACUAGCUAGAUUUAUAUAUGAAGAGAUAAAGGCAAACGUUCAAUAAAAUAGCUACAGAUAUUUACCAGAAUCAUUUAAGAGAUAUGACUUUCAACAGAAAUUUCAGAGAUAAUAGAGAUGCUGAGGGUGAAUUUAAAGUUCUUUAAAAUACUGUCUUGUGCUAGGAAUGCUGCAGAUACAUCUAAAGUGAAAUGUUCCGGUAGUACCUAUAACAAAUUCAAGAUCCUUAACCUAAGAUUUUAAAUAAAUAGAAACAGAAAAAUCAGAGUGAUAGUGAAGAGGAGCCAAUUCAAAGAGGAGGCAGGGUAUAUAACAAAGUUAAAUAGAUGAAGUUUAUGUGA